AAUUAAACUCAUGAGAUUUUUUUUAAUAAUAAUUGUUUUUGCUUUGUUCCUGUCAAAGUUUCACUCUUCUUGAUCCGGUUUAGAUUUUUUGAGCAUGUGAAAAUUGAAGGUGAAAAAUUCACCAAGACAAGAACAGGCCUGAAGAUCUUUACUGGUUUUUAUUCUUCAGGAAUCUGUACAAAGUCAUGGAAAGUGGCAGUAGCAUUAGCUCAUACAAUAAUCCAGGCAAAGGGGUGUCAGAAUUGGAAAAACUACAAAAACGGCAUGAAGAGAAGACAUUAAAGAUCCAAGAGCUGAAGAGACAGAUUGAAUCUGUGAAGCAGCUUCUGGAGAAUAAGAAGAAAAAAGAUGUUCCAGAGGAGAGAAAGGAAACCUUCAGAAACUUGAGUGAGAGAUAUAACAGCCUGAGGGAAGAAUACAACGCAUUGCUGGCAGCUAAGUCAUGGGAAAAGAAAUAAGGAAUUGAAGGAAAAAAUCAAGAUUCUGUUUUUAUGCACUUACUGUGCCUGCUCUGUAGGUGCAAGCAAACAUAUAGGACUAGGGAAAGCAGUUCUCGAAACCCAUUUUUAAGGAUAAUAAUUUUUUUUUUUUGUGUGGUCAAAACAGUGUAAUGCUUAUAUUAUGAAAUUCAAUAACCCAAAGUCAAAGUU